CUCAUUUUUAUCCUCUUUCCAAACAGACUCCUCCACCACAAACCACCGCCUCUUCCACCAAAUCAGCUUCAAUCAACACCAAUAGAAAUGAAGAUCGAGGUGAAGGACUCCACCCUGGUGCGUCCCUCGGCACCGACGCCGUCGGUCAGCUUGUGGAACUCCAACGUUGACCUGGUGGUCCCCAACUUCCACACCCCCAGCGUCUACUUCUACCGCCCCACCGCCGCCGCCGACACGGCGGUGAUGAAGGCGGCUCUCGCACGCGCGCUGGUGCCCUUCUACCCCAUGGCUGGGAGGCUCAAGCGAGACGAGGACGGCCGGAUCGAGAUCAAUUGCAACGCCGAGGGCGUGCUGUUUGUGGAGGCGCUCUCCGACGGUGAGGUGGAUGAUUACGGCGAUUUCGCCCCGACUUUGGAGCUCCGGCGACUCAUUCCGGCGGUGGAUUAUUCGCUCGGAAUAUCCGAAUAUCCGCUUCUCGUGUUGCAGGUGACAUUUUUCAAAUGUGGUGGAGUUUCUUUGGGCGUGGGAAUGCAGCACCACGCGGCCGAUGGAUUUUCCGGGCUUCACUUCAUCAAUACAUGGUCCGAUAUGGCUCGGGGACUGGACAUCACCCUCUCGCCAUUCAUUGACCGGACCCUCCUCCGGGCACGCGAUCCCCCUCAGCCGCAAUUCAAGCACAUCGAGUACCAGCCCCCACCGGCCAUGAAAUCCUAUGGUGCGGAUGACACUGUAGUUUCGAUAUUCAAGCUAACUCGGGACCAACUCAAUACUCUCAAAGCCAAGUCCAAGGAGGACGGUAACACCGUCACUUAUAGCUCCUACGAAAUGCUAUCGGGCCACAUAUGGCGCUGCGCCUGCUUGGCACGUAGCCUGCCCGAAGAUCAAGACACGAAGCUGUACAUCGCAACAGAUGGGCGGUCUAGGCUCCAGCCCCCGCUCCCACAGGGCUACUUUGGCAACGUGAUCUUCACGGCCACGCCCAUGGCCGUGGCAGGGGACCUGGAGUCUAAGCCCGUCUGGUACGGUGCUAGUAAGAUCCACGACGCAUUGGCUAGAAUGGACAACGAGUACUUGAGGUCAGCUCUGGAUUACUUGGAGCUCCAGCCCGACCUCAAGGCGCUUGUUCGAGGGGCGCACACGUUUAGGUGCCCUAACCUCGGGAUAACGAGCUGGGUGAGGCUCCCGAUCCACGAUGCUGAUUUUGGGUUUGGGAGGCCCAUCUUUAUGGGGCCGGGAGGCAUAGCAUAUGAGGGCCUGAGCUUCGUCCUGCCAAGCCCGUCCAACGACGGGAGCCUAUCCGUCGCGAUAUCCCUGCAGGCAGAGCAUAUGAAAGUCUUCGAGAAGCUGCUCUAUGAGAUUUGAAUUCUGUCAAAUUUCCCAUUUGGCCUAGUGUGUUUGCAGAGCUGUUUUGCACAUUAUUUCGUUUUUACCUAAGCAACAUGUGCUGAUCUGUAAGGAUUUUGAUGCUAUUCUUGCUUCAUGAAUGUCUACCAGCAGUACUAAUAUAUUAUGGUUCGAUUUAUUAGUUCAAA